CUGCCACAGCUCACCUGCCACAGCUCACCUGCCACAACUCACCUGCCACAGCUCAGCUGCCACUAGGAACUCACCUGCCACAGCUCACCUGCCACAGCUCAGCUGCCACUAGGAACUCACCUGCCACAGCUCACCUGCCACAGCUCACCUGCCACAACUCACCUGCCACGAGAACUUCGCCUGCCACGUGGACCUCACCUGCCACAAGAACCUCACCUGCCACUAGGAACUCGCCUGCCACGAGGAACUCACCUGCAACAGAUCCCCGCACGUGUCAGCACGCCUGGGUGUCGUUCUCCAGGGCACCACAAAUGGGCACCCUGGACGCCAAAGCGGUCGAGGCGUUGGGGUCCAUGGACUCCAGAGGACCCGUGGGUCUCGGGUCUCCAUCCUCGGAGCUGCCCUCCCCGGGGGACCUGCCCCUCUACUCCAUGUGCAUCCAGACGGCCCCGGCACCGUCGGCGCUGUCGAGCUGGGCGAUCCCGUGUCCAGCCGACGAGCAGCGGGCGGCGAGCGCUCGGGACGCGUGCGAGGCCUCCGCGGGGAAGCCCCAGGAGGAGAAAGAGCCCCCGGACCGCGUGACCAUCAACGUGGCGGGGCUGCGCUUCGAGACGCACCGCUCCACGCUGGCGCGCUACCCCGGCACCCUGCUGGGCGACCCCGCCCGGCGCGACCGCUACUACUCGGCGGGACGAGAGGAGGUCUUCCUCGACCGCCACCCGGACACCUUCCCGUCCGUGCUCUACUUCUACCAGUCCGGCGGCGUCCUCAAGCGGCCACUCCACGUGCCCUUCGACAUCUUCGUGAAGGAGCUGGAGUUCUACGACCUGGGCGACGAGGCGAUGAGCUCCUUCAAUGAGGAGGAGGGCUACCUGCCCCCCAAGGUGAUAGAGCUGCCCACGCGGCGCGCGCAGCGCAUCCUGUGGCAGCUAAUGGAGCACCCCGACAGCUCCGUGCUGGCGCACCUCGUCUCCAUCGUGUCGCUGAUCUUCGUCUUCAUCUCCAUCGUCGUGUUCUGCGUGGGGACGCUGCCGGGAUUUCAGACCGACGGCUUCGGGCAGAGCUACGUGGUGAACGACGCGGCGGGCAACGCGAGCGACGGGAACGCGACCGAUGGCAACGGGACGAGCGGGAACGGCACCGCGACGGGCGACGUUUCGACUUUCACGGGCGGGCCGCUGUUCACCACCGAGACGGUUUGCGUGGCGUGGUUCUGCCUGGAGAUCGUGCUGCGCUACGUGUCGUGCCCCAGCAAGCUGGCCUUCUUCAGGGUCCCCAUGAACGCGGUGGACAUCGUGGUGGUGGUGCCCUACUUCAUCACGCUGGCCAUCGACGUGGCCAACGUGGACUCGGUCAACGGGCAGCACACCGUGUCGCUCGCCGUCUUCCGCGUGUUCCGCCUGCUGCGCGUGCUGCGCAUCUUCAAGCUCUCGCGAUACUUCAAGGGGCUGCGCAUCCUCGCCAAGACGCUCACGUCGAGCGUGCGCGAGAUCUUCGUGCUGCUCAUCUUCCUCCUCAUCGGCGUGGUGCUCUUCGCGAGCGCCGUCUACUUCGCCGAGUCCGACCAGCCCAACACCACGUUCCGCAGCAUCCCCGAGUCCUUCUGGUGGGCCGUCGUCACCAUGACCACGGUGGGCUACGGCGACAUGACGCCCUCCACGCCGGGGGGCAAGAUCGUGGGCUCGCUGUGCGCCGUCUCCGGCGUGCUCAUGAUGGCCCUGCCCGUGCCCGUGAUCGUCAACAAGUUCACGCUCUACUACGAGCUGGACCGCAAGCAGCAGCUGCUGCUCAGGCGCAUGGCGCAGGGCGAAGGGGCCAACGUGCGACUCUCACAGCGAGUGACGCUGGCGCUGGGACAGGCCUGCCAGUGCGGCGGCAGGCGAGGUAGUGCCAGGGCCGCGUGAACUGCCCCCCACCAAUCACCCCCCACCACCUCCACCCCCCCCCCCCCACACCAACACUUCCCCACACAUGCGCCGGCGCGGUGGGGGUCUGACUGGGGCACCUGUUCCCCUCCCUGCUCUCCCUUUGCUCUCUCCCUGCUCUCUCCCUGCUCUCCCCCUGCUCUCUCCCCAUUGCUCCCCGCUGAUGACCGCUGGUGCUCGCACGGCGGGGGAGGGAGGAGUGGAGGGGCGUGAGCCACGCUGGGGCAGCGCGGGGAAGAGAUACGAAGAGGCACUUUUAGCACUCACCCUGACCUCGCCCUGACCUCACCCUGACCUCACCCUGACCUCACCCUGACCUGACACUGACCUCACCUGACCUCACCCUGACCUCACCCUGACCUGACCCUGACCUCACCCUGACCUCACCCUGACCUCACCCUGACCUCACCCUGACCUCACCCUGACCUCACCCUGACCUGACCCUGAUCUCACCCUGACCUGACCCUGACCUCACCCUGACCUGACCCUGAUCUCACCCUGACCUCACCCUGACCUCACCCUGACCUCACCCUGACCUCACCCUGACCUCACUCCAAACAGCGAGCCACUCGCUCCAAACUUGCACACAUCACACCUCGCCCCAACACCACACUUGGGGUGACUAACCCCCCCCCCCUCCCAAUUGGGGGCAUAUGAAUUCCGCCCCCCUUAGGGGUCUAAAUACCUCCCGGCUGAAGGAAUCUGAGCCCUUCCUCCCAGAACUCGUUUCGUGUCCGCGCGUGGAAGCUCACCGCGGGGGUCACGUGACGAGCCGGCCAAUGUGACGUGCGAGAUCGCAAUGCGAUCGAUGAACGAAUGUGAUUGUUUAGUCGCGAACUGACUUUAAGUGUCUACUCUUUGGUCUAUAAAUGAUUUCAUAAUAAAGGUUUCAAGGUGCCUGGUGCAGCUUCAAUG